AACACGCUAACUUGGAACAAAAGUUUAUCCCCAAAGCCCGAUCUUUUGUCGGACUUGACGAAACAAGCCCCAACGGUAGUCAAACCUCUCUUAGUCCCAGUUUUCAUGAGGCGAACAUCCGCCUCAUGCCGCAGGGACCAGGACUCCGAAUCGAGGGAGAAAAAGACGGCGGCCCCUUGGCGGUGAGAAACCUGUUCACCCGUAAAGGUUAG